GCCACCUUCCCAGCCCCAUAGUUCGGUUUAGUUUUGAUACUGGGUUUUGAACUCAGGGCCUCUAGCUUGCUAGGCGGGCACUGUACAGAAUGAUAGACAAUCAGAACCCAAUCUCUGGUUCUUGAGAGUUCAGAAGGCACUAGGGAAGACUUUAAGACUCCAUAGGCACUUUUCCCAAAAGACAACCAAACUGGAAUAAGAACCCUGGUCUGUCUGCUCACAGAAGACAGUUUUCCUCCCCCAACUUUACUUUCUUUCCCCCCUCCUCCUCCCUUUUUCCUCUUUUUUUGUUCGUGUUAAAAAGCAGCAUACAACUCUCAUACUGACUGCCAUAAACUGUGUGUCUUUUGACAAGACAUUUCCUUACUCCAGGUCUCGUUUUCCUCAUCUGUAAAACAAAGGUUUGGACUAGAUGUUCCCUGGUAUUCUGUGGUCUGCCUCUGGCUGCCUUGCUUUCUCUCCUCUACUUCUCUGUAUUUUCAUUGGGAACGCUCGGGGUCACUGGACUGUCUGUGUUUAUGUGUGAUGGUACUAAGGGACUUAGCCUCAUGUAGCAUGUACAGGGGUGUGAUGGAUUCAUGCCAUGAUGACCCAACUAAGAGCUUGUUCUGCAUGUGUAAUCUCCCUUUUUUCUUCUGACCAACCUCUUCCCCCCCUUUCCAUACCCCAUGUAAGUUGCCAGCAUUUCACCCAACAGCGGGGUAUGUGAUGGAUUUGGCAUGACAUCUUCCAGUUGAGGGGGACAGUGUGACUUUAAGGGUACGACAUCUGUAGCCAUUUGGAAUGUAAAAAUGGUCGUGUGAUUACUGAACCAAAGGAAUUUAUGUUUUGUAACUUGGGUACCUUAUUUUGCAUUUUGUUAAAGUAUUAAAUACUUUUUUUCCUGUUUGAGGUCUUAUUGUCUUAUUGUCUUUUCCCUUCAGUAAUUGUUUCAGCCUCCUUCCCACUCUACUUUUUUUGUUGUCUCUGAGCCACAUGGUCUGAAUCCUUCCCCUUCUCUUUUUUCUUUUAUUCAUUCUCCUAGAACCUUCCUUGUAAGAUACAUAUCUCCAGUUUUACUUAAAAUAAAAAGUAGGCCCAAGAUAGUCAGGCCCAAGAUAGUCUUAUAACCAAAGUAUUAGUGACUAGCCACCUUAGUAAACACUCUCCUCCCCCAAACCCGCCCCCACAUAGGAGGCAGGCUUUUUCUUUUGGGCCAACCUGCUCCUUGGGAGGAGAGGUGACAAAACCUGUUUGAAGUUGAGGUUCCCUCCCUUCCACACCUCCCUCUUCCUUAGAGGCAGGAGCAACAACAGCUGAGCCAGAAAAGGGUAAAGAAGUAUUGGGGGGGCUAGGACAGCCAGCUCCCUUGCAACUCUUUUGUUUAAAGAGCAGAAGAAGAUCGUGAAGAUGGGGACUAUACACGAAGCAGAAAAAAAAUCAGAUCUUGGGGACAAGGAGAGUGUAGAAGCAACAGAAUCGGGAGCAACCCUGAGACUUGAGGAGCUGGAGCUGAAGGAGGAAUGGCAAGAUGAAGAAUUCCCUAGAUUGCUUCCUGAAGAGGAUGGUCCUUCUGAAGAUCCUGAAGACCCUCAAAGAGACUCACAGGCAGGUACCCCAAGCACUUUAUCUCUGUGUGGCCAGCGCCCCAUGCGUAAACGUCUUUCUGCCCCAGAGUUGAGGCUGAAUCUGACAGCGGGGCCCAGUGAUAAUGGAGCUCCUUCCACCCACUCCACAUCUUCCUCUGAUGACAGUUCAGACCUGGAGGUGGAUGAAUUGGAGACACCUUCAGACUCAGAGCAGCUGGACAGUGGACAUGAAUUCGAAUGGGAAGACGACCUGCCCCGGGCAGAGAGCCUCCGAGCCAGCGAGGCAGCUGAAAGGCUGGGCCGGGGUUGUGUGUGGGAUGUGGCUGGAGAAGAUGGUCACCGCUGGAGAGUGUUUCGAACAGGACAACGGGAGCAGCGAGUGGACAUGACUGUCAUUGAGCCCUAUAAGAAGGUCCUGUCUCAUGGAGGCUAUCAUGGUGAUGGUCUCAAUGCUGUCAUCAUUUUUGCUUCCUGUUAUCUACCCCGAAGCAACAUCCACAAUUACACCUAUGUCAUGGAACACUUGUUUAGGUAUAUCGUGGGAACUCUAGAGCUGCUGGUAGCUGAAAAUUACCUGCUUGUUCACUUGAGCGGAGGCACAAGUAGGGCCCAAGUUCCCCCUCUGAGCUGGAUACGCCAGUGUUACCGUACUUUGGAUCGACGGCUCCGGAAAAACCUACGAGCCCUAGUGGUUGUCCAUGCUACGUGGUAUGUGAAGGCAUUUCUGGCCCUGCUUCGGCCCUUCAUCAGUUCUAAAUUCACACGAAAAGUCCGUUUUUUGAACAGCCUGGAGGAGUUAGCCCAACUCAUCUCUUUAGAUCAAGUCCACAUUCCUGAAGCUGUCAGACAGUUGGACCAAGAAAUUCAUGGCUCAGGAAAACCUAGCACGACUGGAUAAAAGACCUUAGAACCAAGCAAAGACCUGCCUACGCAUCAAUCCCAGAACCAUCUGAGCUGUUUUGUAAAUCAUCUCACCCUCCAUCCCAGCACCACCUUAUGGCAUCUUGACUUCUUGUGAUGACAUUCCCUCCGUGGUGCUGCUGGAAUCCAGGAGGGUUUGGAGGCUGGGAAUCUGAUCUGCCAGUGGUUUUCAUUACCAUUGUCCCAAUGGAAAGCUGACUGACUGUAGUAGCAUUGGAAGUGUCAAACUGGAUUGCAACCCUGCUUUAGCUGUAAAAGCUUGGCCAAAUAACCUCAGGUCUUUGGGUCUCAUUUUCCACCUCUGUAAGAGAAGGGGCUGAGGGGAGAUGAGGUAGAGGAGCCAAGGACAGCCCAACCUGCCUGCUGGGAGCCAGGAGGGCGCUCCCAAGACCUCAAGAACCCAUAUAUACCUGCCGCCUCUGCUCCUGGGAAGGAGCACUUUGAACGCCUGUGUUUUUGUCUUUGUUAGUAAAUUCUGCCCUGUAACUGUUAAUAAACGGAGAGAUAAAGUCUGUAUCAAGGAAGUAAACGACCCUUGUCCCAUCCCCUUACAUCACAAUCCGCCUUUUGGUUCUAGCUUGGAAUUCUCUCUGGCCCAGGUUCCCUAGGAUUUUGAGCUCAGCCCCACCUCAGGGAGAGGA